AUGGAAAGCUACAGAGACAGCAACAGUUCCACCGCUCGCGACUCCGCCCUGGACAUUCCGCUGCGGGAGAAGGAGUCCCUGCUAACCUGCACAGUGGAGCAGAGAAAGCCUUCGUCCCGACGAGCAGUUAGAACAAUUCUGUUUGUCCUGCUCGUUGCGGUUCUGGCCAUCUCCAACGUGAUCCUCGGGGCGGUGGUUUUGGGCCAGCUGGGCAGCCGUAGCGAACCUUCCUCGACCAAGGCGCAUAGUUCCCACGAGUGCCCUCACAAACACGCCCAUGAACACGAAAAACAGACUCCAAUCCCGCUAGGGGGCUUGCCUCGCGUCGACGCGCACCCGGAGUGGCUCCCGCCUGAGGAGUGGCGCACCGAGGUGUUUAGGCUGCACCAGAUCUAUGGCGAGGAGCCUGUAGGCACGGCCAAGGAGGCCUGGCUUUCCAUGAUACCCAAGGGCAAGGGCUUCAUUGUCGUGAGAAACGACACGGAGCUCCCCAACAUGCCCGGCUUUCGCCGCCCUGCCCGGGAACAAAAAGCCUGCGUGGCAGUCUUUCAUCAAAUGCAUUGCUUAUACAUUACCUUCAGGGCCUACUGGAACGCCCGCAACGCCGAGUUCGACGAGAUCCCGCCCGAGCACCUCAUCCACUGCUGGGACUACCUGAGACAGAGUGCCAUGUGCGCCGCGGACACGUCGCUCGAGUGGGUGAACGAGGAGGAGAAUCUUCAGACGUCGGGCUGGGGCUUUCAGCACACAUGCAAGAACUUUGACGCCGUCUUUGAGUGGACGGAGUCGAAUCGCUUCACGGAGCUGGUGGAGAUUGACUAG